UUAUUUCCAAAUACGGCUAAGAGAGGAAACGAGUCGGGCUUUGGAAGUUACUUAACAUGGCACAAACUAAAUUGCAGGAAAGACGUCUGUAUGUGUAAAUAUCGAACUGUGGAGCUUACGUUACACGCAGAUUCUCCUUCUUUAUUAUCUGUAUAAUGUAAAAGUUUUAAUUUGUCUUUCCGUCUGUCGAGUUGCUUUGGUUUCUCGAUAAUCGCUGGUAAACGCCGGGGAAGGAAAGUGAAGGUGAACGGGCACUGUGGUUGCACGAGAUCAGGUGACAUUAUGGUCUUGUUUAGUCUCAGCUCCUCCUCUUCGGACUGUCAACUUCUAAAAACCUAUUGAAGCUGUAAAACGUGAAAUCAUGAGCCGAGUGCCUUUAAAAUACGAGGAGGACGAGGACGAAGAUGAUGACGAUAUAGUCGGAGUUACGGAUUAUGAUGACUUAGAAUCGUUUCAUGACGGGGAGAAUGCGAAUGGAGUGGAAGACGGGGAUUUUAGAGACCCCUUCAGUACUGAGAUUAAGCCAAGAAUCUUACUCAUGGGACUGAGGAGAAGUGGGAAAUCUUCCAUUCAGAAAGUUGUCUUUCAUAAAAUGUCUCCCAAUGAAACCCUUUUUCUGGAGAGUACGAACAAGAUCUGCAGAGAGGAUGUUUCCAACAGCUCUUUUGUUAAUUUUCAGAUCUGGGACUUUCCUGGACAGAUUGAUUUCUUUGACCCUACAUUCGAUUAUGAAAUGAUCUUCAGAGGGACUGGCGCACUGAUAUUUGUCAUUGAUGCCCAGGAUGACUAUAUGGAAGCCUUGGCCAGACUGCAUCUCACUGUGACUAGAGCUUAUAAAGUGAACCCAGAUAUCAACUUUGAAGUCUUCAUACAUAAAGUUGAUGGAUUAUCAGAUGAUCACAAAAUUGAAACCCAAAGAGACAUUCAUCAGAGAGCAAAUGAUGACCUUGUAGAUGCUGGCCUGGAAAAGAUUCACCUUAGUUUUUAUUUGACAAGCAUAUAUGACCAUUCAAUAUUUGAGGCAUUUAGCAAAGUGGUACAGAAAUUGAUUCCACAGCUUCCAACACUAGAGAAUCUACUCAACAUUUUUAUCUCUAAUUCUGGAAUUGAGAAAGCAUUCCUCUUUGAUGUUGUCAGUAAAAUCUACAUUGCAACAGACAGUACCCCUGUGGAUAUGCAAACAUAUGAACUUUGCUGUGAUAUGAUUGAUGUGGUGAUUGACAUAUCAUGUAUAUAUGGGCUCAAGGGAGGUGGAGACAUAACUCCAUAUGACAAAGAGUCAAUGGCAAUUAUUAAACUGAACAAUACUACCGUCCUUUAUUUGAAAGAAGUGACCAAGUUUCUUGCACUUGUCUGUUUUCUCAGAGAGGAGAGCUUUGAGAGGAAAGGUUUGAUAGACUAUAAUUUUCACUGUUUCCGCAAGGCCAUCCAUGAAGUAUUUGAAGUACGAUUGAAAGUACAGAGGUCCCGGAAACUUCAGAGUCAGAGACGAAGAAACAGACAUGCUACACCAAAUGGCACCCCUAAAAUUCCACCAUAAACUUCACCAAAGCAAGCACAGCUUUGUCACUAUGAUCCAGCUUUCUGCAGUCUGAAUGAGGGAACUAGUUCUUGUUGAUACUACAUUACUUUGAAUGGCAGAGUGGGCACAAACAAGAGUGUGACAGCUUCUUGUGCUUUCACACUGGUGUUGGGUAUAUCAUGCUGUAGACAUUAAACUGAACUGUUUUAUGGUAACUUACAACUGUGUCUCUUGCACUGAUGUGGAGGAAAAAGAAGGAAUAAGCUUGAACUGUUUGGUCAGAAUUCUCUUAAAAUAACUUGCAAAAUCUGUUACAUUUUAAACUAUGAAGUGUGGUAUUGAAUUAAAUUAAACAUGACCUAUUUAAGCACUUGGA